GCACGCUAUUCAGGGGUGGAUGAGUUCGUUCCUGCUUUCGCGCCUUUCCAAGGCCGUGCAAGACUCGCCCAUGCUCCUCGUAAACGUCAUGUGCACUGCCAAAGUGGACUUGUCGGCUUGGAGUGCCGCUCUAUUUUUUACAAGAAGCGACACGACCCACUCAUAUCAGCCUGUCCCGUUUCUAGCGACCGAAUUUGUAGCCAUAAGCAUCUUACUCUCCGCCCCUCCGCUCCGCUGCCUCUAUCAAUUCACCUUCUCUCAUUCAGCCUCACCUCCUGGAAUACAUCGACUACCUCAACGGUCAAUCCGCCCUCUUGAAGUCAACAGGACUCCAGUACUCGACAUUACAGCCGCAGGUCUCGGAAGUGAUGACGUUCGGCUUACACGCCGCCUAACUCCGAGCAUUACACAGCACGAAGAACUUAACGCAAUGGAACAACGACACUCUUCGCCAUCCUCGAGGGGCAGAAGCCCAAGGCCCAGCACCUCUAGAAAGAGAAGCAAUUCUGUGCCAUUCAUUGUGGCACUAGGCUGCUCGACGCCAGAAGCAAGAUUGAUGAUGGCCGAGGGCAAGGCUGCAGUUCGUAACCGGAGACGCGGCCGCCAAAACAGGCCUGUCAAUGAAGAAAAAUAUGCCACCACUUUCGACCCCCGGAACCAUCUCAAAUAUCUCGAUAGUUCGUACCAGGAGAAUGAUUCACCAAGGCCACAAAAGGCCAAAGUCAACCAUUCUCGGCAUCCUUCUGAUGCCACAGAUAAGAGCAACUCGACAAUAGUUGCACCAACCAGGGAUUGUGAGUCUACUGGUAACGGCGCUCCAAGCCCACUGGGAGACUACUCUGCCAACCUCGCGUCGUUCAUCAAGGCACAACUUAUGUCAAUUCCGACCUACACAUCGUCACCUGAUCAGAUCUCACCUCGUUCAUGCCCAGACUUGUCUUUCCAGCUGCGCACUCCUCCACUGUCACCGAACAAGGUCGCAAGGAGGCCAGUGGAAGCGCCUAGGGUGAUCAGUAUUCCUCCUAUUCGUCCACCGAUGCAGAGCGCCUUUUCUGCAUGGAGCUCAACCGACGGCUCAGAAGACGAGGUGCCUGCGCUGCCCGAGAUUGAUCAGUACACGCAAAAUGCGGUGUCGAAAACAACAAGCAAUGGCAGCACACCCUCAUUACUUGGGUACUACGCCAACUCGAAGGACUCCUUCUUGUUCUCGUCGACACCCUCGGAGGAGCCUCACACUGCUAAGGGUUUCCAAUUUCCCAACCCACCAGCGCUAAUGUGCUCCUUUACUGAGCCCCACUCACCACCUCACGAUGACGAUACUGACUACUACCCGUCCUCCCAUUCGUCGCGGCCGCAGCUGACAUCUUCAUCGGAACCAUCAAUCUCGUCGUCCUCAGCCUCGGCAUCGUCUUACUUCGAAUACAAGCGCCCUGUGUCCAACCUGUUCCCGCCCCACAUGAAGGACCGGAUCGUUGCGGCAGUCACACCACUAAAGGGAAAGAUGUUGACAGCUAUCUCGCCGUUCGAGGGCGCUGCACUGUCGAAUGUACACGAUGUGUUCAUCGAGUCGCAACACAGGGUGCAUGUCGAUGGCAUGUCAUUUGACAUGCUGCGCGACUUCAUCGUACCCACCAGCAGAGUCUCAACACCAGUUUGACUCGCCGUUCUUUGACAUCCCUUCGACUGUAUCAUGCGAGAUACCUGCGUUUGUCUUUCAGCGUUUGCGUUUCUGCGGUCCGCAAUAUAUCCACGUCGAUACCCGUGGUACAGCCGGUCUUACCACCCGUUGCGAUCCUUCUUACUCCAUCUUCCUUUGUCACUUGGGUCGGCGCAGUGGAACACAUACCUUCUUGUAAUCACUUCCAGUUUACUGUACAUCUAGAUUGCUAUUUCGGGGCUUCAGCGCCCGCCUCUUCUUUCGCCGCAGGUUAUACCUUUCUUUCCUUGCUGUUCAGAUAUCCAUACACAACGAGUGUACGACGCGCACGAUUUUUCUUCUUAGCUAGGUGAUAUUUGGGGUGUUAGAUUGAUCCCUUCAGCAAUCAGGGACAAGAGCUAGCAACAUAAAUAGCAGGGACAGCCACCGGUAGCAGUAUCAGAAUGAGCUACACAGCACAAAGGUGCAUACACAAUAUCUAGCAAUGCAAACAGUUGC